UAUCUUGUUUAACCUAGCACGUUAAAUACUGUAAGCUUAAGUUAGACGCGUUUAUGUGUGCUAAGUCUUACUUUAAAGGAAAGGUUUGCUGCAUGGUACAUCUUGUCUUGUGGUUGUUCGAGCCCGGUUUAUCCGCCUGCAAGAACACGGGUUGACGCUACGUGAUGCUAACAGCUCACUAAGGAGGCUAGCGCUAGCUGAACUCCACGAUGAUGCUUCAGGAUGGUUCAACGCAGCUCCUCUGCCUCACAGCCAGCAGUGGGGUUCCUCUGUUUACUAGAGGAGCCUCCAAACAACUCCCGUUUUCCGUCAUUGGCUCGCUGAACGGCGUCCACAUGUUCGGCGGCGGCCAGGGAGUUACCCUGUCCAGCUGUGAGACUGAAGGAGGGGCUAUGGUGGUGUGGAGGGUCUUCAGGGACAGUGUGAUGCUCAUUGCUGUGAAUGCAGGUGGACGAGGGGGCAGCAAAGUGGAGGAGGUCCGUCUUCACCGCCUCCUGGAGAAUGUCUGGAACUGCUUGGUGCUGGUGUUGGGGCAGGACGAGUUGGUCAAUGUCAGGAAUGUUGAGAGGCUGAAGAGGGAUUUGCGAUCCUGCUUUUGCCUCAUCGAUCAGCUGUUGGAGGAGAAGCAAGAGGGCAUCCUAGGUAAUCUAACACACUGUGCUGAUUCACUGCUGCCCCCAAACCCAGCUCUUCUUCAAGAGGCAGUGGACGGCUUCGCCCAGGCUGCAGACAGCGAAUUUGGCUGCCUAAUUGUUCACGGGAGGAUAGCUGCGGCAACUGAGAAGUGGUGGCGCCUAGCACCGCAGGAGGUUGUGCUCCUGUCUGCUUUGAUGCGCUCCCUCUCGGCCUCUGGUUCAGCCUCUUGUGAUUACCCAGUUUUCCUUCCUCAGGGCAGCCCCACGGUGGCUCACCGUCUGCUUCGCUUCCAGCUGCUCCACGGGGUGGACGUGUGCGUUUUGUGCGGUCCAACCCCUUCUCUGCACAGAGCCGAGAGUGGACUUGUGGGUCGUUUCUGGACACCCCUGGUGGAGACCUUGAGAGAUUGCCUUGCUGUUGGAGAGCGCUGCUUACCAGGAUCAGUGUCCCUGCGCCCAGAUGUGCUGGCACUUCUUCUCAUCAACCGCGAAACACGCCGUUCAGUCUGCUGUGUUCGUACUCCCACUAAUCUACCACCUGGGGACCCACAAUUACCCUCAAAGUCCCGCUGCUGGGAGCUUUUGAAAGUCUUCUACAUUUUCAGCACCACACGCUACUUCACCCAGGAGGAGACUUUAAUUGUCCCCCCAGAGGCGAAAGCUCAGAGGGACAACACUGAGGACUUUGUCCUUGGUUUCACUCAUCAACCACAACAGUGUUUUCUAGUUACAGAAGAGUGCAAAAGCUUUGGACUUCAGACCCCGCAACACCAGCUCUUCCUACUUGUCCCUCUAUCAGUGCCCACCUUUGCAAUACGUACGGUGGCCACACAGACACUCUCUGCUAUUGUUUCAGCCACUGGGCUUUAAUGAAAUUAUUUACUUUGUUAUAAGAAUUAAAUUUCCAGUGAAGUCAUUUUCUUGACCUAAUCAUUUCUAAUAACAGGUCAAUAAAUAUAAACCUGCACACUGAAUUAGCUGCUGAUAUUUACAUUUCCUCAUAUCCUUAUUGAGGACUGCAAACAAACCUCUCUAUUAAGAGAUUUAGAGGCAUUAAACAUCAGUAGGGAAUCUAACAGUGAUGAUGAGAGGAAAACAUCAGAAAAUGUCCUUCCAAAGUGAACUACAUGAGCUUUUGUUUGCAUUUAAUAGAGAAGUCUCCGUUGUGUCUAACUUCACAGGCUUCAAGGCUGUCCAUGUAGCAGUAAUGUAGGUUGGACUUACUGAACACUAACCUUAUCACUGUGUUUCACUGAGAAUCAUGUGAAAUUUUGUUACACUGUGAAAAUGAGUGCCUGCUGUUUGUUGACAUGACAUGUUGAAUCAUUUGGUUUCAAAACUAUAUACUGUUCAUUUAUUUUUGGCCUAUUUAAAUUCUAAAUAUAGCUGGCUGUGUGUGUUUGUGUCAUUGAUUGUGAUGUUUACAAGUUUACGUUCUCCUCUGUGAUUGCAGUAUAUACGUCGAUUGCGCAUUGUUACAGUUAAUGAAAAACCUAUCAACCACUUCACAAAUACGACAAAAGGCGAAUAAAGUGCUCACUAGUUUUAUUCUUAAUACAUGACAUUAAACUCAUUGCUAAUGAAAGCUAGUAACAAAUUAAUAUUUUUGUUGUGUCUUGGACAGUUGUUGACAGCUGUGAGGCACAAACAGUUGAUACUAAAAUGUUUUUAACUUUCAGAAGAAGAACAACUGAAAGCAUAACUAUCACUUACAUAAGCCAAAAACAACCAUGGCUUUUGGUGAGUUAACAAAACUGUAUUUCACACUGCACAUUACUAUAAUAACAGUGACAGUGAAUGUUGAAAACACAUACACACAUUUAAGGACUACCUCAGUCUUCUUAAGAUGACUUAACACUCCUGAGAAAGGACCCAAAAAGCUAUAUGAGACAUUUUCCAAAUAAUUUUCAGAUAUGUACUGAAUCUAAAUACAGAUUUUUGUCAGAAGAAUUUUAAUCUGGGCUCACGUUAAGAUAGGAGGAGCAGUCAGUCAUUGUUGUGUUCACUAUGAAGAAUUCAAACUCUCCUGCCUAACAGCAUGGAGUAUUCAAAUCAGAAAGUGGGACUCAGUGCUCAGCUUGCUUUGCGGUUCGGUUACAUUAUCCACGUCCGAGCCACGUCACUCUCCCCAAGGCUGUUUGGACUCAGAUAGUAACCGGAGAACCGAGCUGGACUGAAAGCCCCACGGUGCGUUGGGAGUAACUGAGGAUAGUGGGGGGUGGGAUAAAUGAAGCCACACAAAGGGGGUGGGAUACGCUCUCUUGCUGUAGCGUUGCCAUGUGUGCAGGGAUCAAACCCUCAACUAAUGCCAGAGUGAGAAGCGGAAUCAGUGCAUGUUGAUGCCGCCAGGAUCUAAAAGAAACAUCCUGGGAUUGGAUCACAAUUUAGUCGAAGCCAAGUUUUGUACUUCAACCUUAUAAGGUCCAAAGGUCUGAGUGCUUAGUCAUAUUUAGGUUGCUCCACUUGCACAACUUCAAUUUGACUCCCGACGACUGAAGCAACCGGUGUAUUGCAGGUCGCAGUGCCCCGCGGAGGCUUUCAAAGUUAACUUAUUCAGAGAGAGCGAGCGAGAGAGACAAGGCCGUG